UCUACAGACUUCUCGGCUGGUGGCCGUGACGGAGUUUGGCCUGCAUUACGCAGGGUCUUCUGUCCUGGCGGCUUAGACAUGCAGGGGACGGUGGCGACACCAAUGGACUGCGGAUACAGAGUAAGGUAUGGCGAGUCUGUCCUUCACAGGUGAGACCCUGGUGGGGAUGUGCUGGAUACCUAACUAUCCCAGCCGACUGCGGGAUUACACAGUAGUAAGGAAGACAUCCAGUGAAUGUGAGACACCCAGCAGCCGUCCCUGUGUGUCAGUAGGACUGAGAAGUAAACAGAGUCCCAUUACGGUGCCUCCAUCACACUCACUGAUGAGAGACACAGUGACAAGAAGAUCCUGGAACUCACCAACAAGAUCAUUCAGCUGCUGACUGGAGAGGAGGGGGAGUAUAUAGAGGAACACAGGGGUCUGUACAACGACGUGAUAAUGGAGAAUCACCGGCCCACAUCACUGGAUGGGCCCAGUAACAGAGAUACCCCAGAGAGAUGUCCCCGUCCUCUGUAUUCCCAGGAUUGUACAGAGGAGAAUCACAGGAUCCCACAGGAGGAUCAGGUACAACGUCUGUCUGAUAUUAAAACAGAAGAUAUAGAGGGAGAAGAAGAGACGUAUGUGACUGAUAUAAAGGCAGAAGAUAUAGAGGGAGAAGAAGAGACAUAUGUGACUGAUAUAAAGGCAGAAGAUAUAGAGGGAGUAGAAGAGAUGUAUCUGACUGAUAUAAAGGCAGAAGAUAUAGAGGGAGUAGAAGAGACGUAUGUGACUGAUAUAAAGGCAGAAGAUACAGAGGGAGAAGAAGAGACGUAUGUGACUGAUAUAAAGGCAGCAGAUAUAGAGGGAGAAGAAGAGACGUAUGUGACUGAUAUAAAGGCAGAAGAUAUAGAGGGAGAAGAAGAGACAUAUGUGACUGAUAUAAAGGCAGAAGAUAUAGAGGGAGUAGAAGAGACGUAUGUGACUGAUAUAAAGGCAGAAGAUAUAGAGGGAGAAGAAGAGACGUAUGUGACUGAUAUAAAGGCAGAAGAUAUAGAGGGAGAAGAAGAGACGUAUGUGAGGGGUGAUCAGCAGUGUAUGGAGGAGGAGAUCCCUACAGAUAUCAGCACAGCAGAUGGACACACAAGCAGGAAUAUCUCAGAAGGACAUCUAAUGUUAUCCCCGGAUUGUGACAUAAAAGAUAAUGACAGUAGACAGGAUUCUCCAGGAGCUAAUCCCAUCACCCCAAUUAUACAUCCAGCUCUAUCAGCUGAUCCCUCUGAUCCUGGGAAAUGUUCUCCUGAUCACUCUGAUAUUGGUGCAUCUGUUCCAGCUCUGACAGUAGAUAUAGAGUUUCCCUGUUCUAUAGAUGCAAAAUGUUUUACACAGAACACAAAGCCUAUUAACCCACACACAGGUAAGGCAGGUGGAAGGCCACUAAUAUGUUCUGAGUGUGGGAAAUGUUUUACAUACAAAUCAGAUCUUGUUAUACAUCAGAGAAGUCACACAGGUGAGAAGCCAUUUCCAUGUUCUGAGUGUGGGAAAUGUUUUACACGGAAAUCAUAUCUUGGUACACACCAGCAAACUCACACAGGUGAGAAGCCAUUUCUAUGCUCUGAGUGUGGGAAAUGUUUUGCAAACAAAUCAAAUCUUGUUAUACAUCACAGAAGUCACACAGGUGAGAAGCUGUUUUCUUGCUCUGAGUGUGGGAAAUGUUUUACACAAAAACCACAUCUUGUUAUACAUCACAGAAGUCACACAGGUGAGAACCCAUUUCCAUGUUCUGAGUGUGGGAAAUGUUUUACACAGAAAUCAUAUCUUGUUACACAUCAGCGAACUCACACAGGUGAGAACCCAUUUCCAUGUUCUGAGUGUGGGAAAGGUUUUGCACACAAAUCACAUCUUGUUAAACACCAGAGAAGUCACACAGGUGAGAAGCCAUUUUCUUGCUCUGAGUGUGGGAAAUGUUAUACACAAAAAUCACAUCUUGUUAGACAUCAGCGAACUCACACAGGUGAGAGGCCAUUUCCAUACUCUGAGAAAUAAAUCAGCUCUUGUUGCACACAAUAGACAUCACUCAGUUGAGGAACCAUUUUAAUCUUCUGGAGUAUACUCAUCAUUGCCAUGUGUUGUUCUUCAAGGUUCUUAUCCUAUCUCCUAUGCUUUUUGCAAUAUACAUGCUACCACUGGGUGAAAUAAUCAGAUGUUAUGCCAUCAUCUACCACUGCUAUGCAGAUCACCUGUCUUUUGCUCCAGGUAUUGAGAACCCAGUACCAAUCCUAAAUGGUCUCGCUGAGCUCCAGGUGUGGGUGAUGCCAGUUGGCUGUGACUCAGUCCUGGUGAAACAGGUCUAUAUGGUAAAAGCUCACCAACAAAGAGCAGGGCUACAGCUCAGCUUUGCAAACUAACCAGACUUUUGCUUGGGGGUUCAGAUUUACAAAAUGCUGAUCAUGUGUGGAAUCUUGGUGUAAUGGAUGGUGUAGUGACACUUACACAUCAUGUAUCAGCCACAAUCAGAUCCUCAUCUGAGGAACAUAGCCAGACUCCAGCACUUAUUUCCCUCAGAAGAUCUACCUACAGUCAUACAUACAAUGCCACGGCCACAGGGCGCUGUAUAAAAGUGACCCCCGGCUGUGGCAUUAUCUGUCCAGCUAGUGGAGCCCGAUGCUGGUACAAAAAAUACGUGUGACCUGUAUUUUUUGCACCAGGACCAGGCGCAGAGCCCGGUGCUGGUUAUUAAAAUACGGGGGAUCCCCUGUCAUUUUUUUCACCGUAUUUUGGCAACCAGGACCGGCCCAAAGAGCCCAAAGCUGGUUAUGCUUAGGAGGGGGGACCCCACGCAAUUUUUUACCGGGUUUUUUCCCAUUUUUUAAACAUUUUUAAAAAUCUAAUCAAAAUCCGUCAAAUCGCCUGUUUUUUGACAGCGGGACUGUCAAAUUCAUUUUUUAUUGAAUAUGUCGAAUUCCGACGGUCGAAUUGUGUCGAAUUGUGUCGAAUUUAAAAAUGGGUGAAAAUGUGCAUAUACCCCAUAGACUACUGCAAUGUCCUCUACCUGGGUCUCCCAGCAAAAUAAUUGCACCGCUUGUAGCUUGUACAGAAUGCAGCAGCCAGGCUGUUACCUAACCAGCCCGUUCCUGCCACAUAACACCCAUUCUCUGCUCCAUUCACCGGCUGCCUGUAAGAUGGUGACUCUAUUACAUAAUCUUACUGACUCUCCCAGCCCUACAUGACCAGGGUCCAUGGUACCAGAAGCAGCUUCUGCCUCCUUACUGCCCUGCUUACUUCCACCUGCAGAUGAAGGACUCUUACCAGCAGUACCAAGAAUCCCCAAGAAGUUCUGAGAUGUCAGGGGGAAGACAGGGUGGUGGCACUAGUGCUGUAGCGGGGGCUGCCAGAGGCACUGUCUAUGGGUAAUAUUGUCCCCAGCAGCGCUAAGGUGUCAGAGGGGAGACAGGGCAGUGGUAGUAGUG